AUGGGAUUAUGCAGUGGUAAGACAAACUCCUCAAAAAAUAAUAAAUCAUAAAGUGAGAGCGAUGUAAACAAAAAACAAUUAUUCUAGAAAAUUUAAAAUGUAAGUUCAAAGUAACAAUCACCUCCUGGUUCUCAUUUUCAAAGAAAUAAUAGAUUUGGAAAUUUGUCCUAGCCUAAUAGUGCUUAACAUUAGCUGACAGUGAUUUUAGAAAGUUAUCAAAUGCAAAAAGAAAAACUUAUCUCCUCACCCAGAAGCAUAAGAUCACAUUAAACUCUUCUUAUAAGUAAGAGAAAUGCUGAUAUGAAUAAAUUGCAGGAAAGUGAUUUCAUUCCUUCCGAAGAAUUGAAUAAAGCAGAUAAAUGUAUUUAUAAAUACUUUGCAAAUAAAUUUACUGGAAGAAUUUAUUAUACAAGUUCCUCUUCUUAAGGUGAAGAAACAAUUCAAUAUAGUAAUAUUAGAUUGAAUAAAAGUGCACUUUCUCACCCACACAUAAUUGAAAUUUUAGAAGUAGAAAAUGAGGAAUCAUAGCAAAAAGACAAGUUUUACUUCGAGUAUUGUUCUUAGGAAAGCUUAUAAGAUUAUUUAGAUAAACAUGAAGAUAUAAAUUUGGAACAAAUUUCAAUAAUUGUUUCAUAGAUUAUUUCUAUUGUGAGUCAUCUACAUUCUAAACAGCUAUAUCAUAACAACUUGGACAUGCAAUCAUUUCAUUUUUUUGUAAAUUCAAAAUAUCAUUACCUUAAAUUAACUAAUAUAAAUGGAAUAUUUCAUCUAAAGAAAGGUGAGUUCAGCAGCACAAAUUUUGAUAUAAUUGAUAGGAAUAAAUCAUCAGAAUUGGAUAUAUGGUAGAUAGGCUUGAUAAUCUACACUAUGAUUGCAAAGUUAAAUGCUACAAAAAUUAGCAAUUAUAAGGAUUAAGAUAAUGAAAUAUGGUUAGAGUCAAUAAAAGCCAAUUUAAGGCUCCCAUAAAAUAUAAUUGGAAUCAAUUUAAGAUCAUUAAUAUUGGCAAUGCUUUAAUUGGCACCUUAAUAGAGAAUUAAAAUUGAUUAGAUAAAAGAGAACAAGUUUGUGUAAUCUGGAAAUUAGGAAUUUUUAAAAUUGCAUCAACUAAAAUUAAUACCAUAAAAUCUUCAUAAAAAAAUUAAUUAUUUAUAAAAGUGCUUUACUUUUUAUUUGAUCUAAUCUUUUGUUCCUCAUUAAUUUUUAAUAAUGAAGAAACUUUAUGAUAGUUUAGAUAAAAAUGAAGAAAACAAUUUGAAUCUUGUAAGCCUCUGCAAAUUACUGCAAGACUUAUUUUAAGAUUAAAAUGUGGGAACUGAUUAUUAGCAAUUGAUAGAAUCUAAUGAUUAAGUAUCAUUUCAAGAUUUUUUAAUAAUGAACAGCACUUUAAGUAGAGUUCUCACUAUAGAGAAUCUUAGGAAAGGAUUCUAGAUAUUAUCAAAUAAGAGUUAGUAUAUAAGCAAAAAAAGUUUAGUGAGGCUUAUGUAAACUGAUUAGCAAUCAUUAAAUAAAGAAUUCGAAAAACAUUGUUUGAAAUGGAGGUUUACUUAUGAUCAUUUUAUCAAUUUUAUGGAAAAAAUAAAAUGA